GGAUAGAGAGAGUGCUGAUGGUAUACUCUAUGUCUCUGUCUCUGUGUCUCCAUCCAGUCGUCGGCCCCUGUCCCAGCUCUGCUGCCUCCACCAGGAGGUGUCACUCCAUCUAUAAGGGCUUCGCUCAGUGUCUGAUGGCUCUGGGAGACAGCCUGACUGACAGUGCCCAGAAAGAUGAGGACACACAGGAGAUACACACCAUCUGCAAGUAAGCAUCCCCCCCACCCACCCACCCACACACACACACACACACACUAUAGCCCUACAGUCACUGACAGGUGAACCAAUAACAUUUAUUAUGAACUUACAGUAUAUACAAAUCCCCUCAUCUAUAUGUUAUUUUUAAACACACACUCCAAAAUGUGUAAAUUGAUAGAACACUGUGACCCAUAAUUUCAUUACCAUUGAACGAUGGGCUUCACCAGAUCUUUACCUCUAUUUCAUUCUCUCCGUCUCUCUCUCUUUCUUCCCCGUGUUUAUGCCCUAGCUCUCUCUAACAUCCUGACAGCACUUCCCAUUUGCUGGAGGCAUAUUGGAGUGCCUAAUUAAAGAUUGAGGGUCUCUCUUUAUCCAUCUCCGCCUUCCAUUCUAUUUUUACAUGCGUCUGUAAUCAAUCUUAAUAUUAUGUCAAGGAAUUUUUAUAAAAUUGAAGCUCAUUUAAAAACUCUAAAAUGCAAUUUGGAGAACAGCAAAAAUAAGCAAAAUUGACUCCAGACAUUAUCAACUUGUUGCUGUAGCUUCAUUGACCUCAGUCAAUAGGGGACUUAACAUUCUACAAACAUAUUAGCUGCUAUGCUCUAGUUCAGCACCGGGGUUACACUCUAGUUUAGUUUCAUAUUAAGUCAAACAGCAGUUACCUAGCCAAAGUACAGCCAUCUUUACCUCUGCAUGUCGAUGAGCUCUCCGUAAAGCCAGCCAGCCAUAUAAACAGCCUUCCCUCCCGCUCCCAGGCGUCCGCAUGGUCCCAAAGUCAGCCCCUUAUAUUGCUAAACUGAAUUUGUCUUUUAAUCGGGAUUGGAAUGAUAUUUUAAAUUGUUGGUGUUGAGCUAGGGUAUGACCCCCCUGGAAGAUGCCUCUCCAUGCAUCACCCCAUCAAGAUCAACCCAUUCCCAGACACAUUGUUGCAUCAAUGUAGGAAGGUCCUGUCGGGAGUUGCUGUUCAGUAUUGCGGAGCUGGAGACACACUUGGUAUCUUCAGGGAUAUAGCGGUCAUUACAAUUAUGUUAUUAUUUUGGUCAUAUUCCUUAAGGUACCAAUUAAGGUACUAACCCUGCCAUUCAGUAAGCGUACUCUUACAUAUGUGUGUAUACAUACGUCUGCACGCGCGCACGAUUGCACGCACGCAUAUACACACACAUACACACACACACACACUCUUCCUAGGAAUGUGGUCAAAUCUAUUAGGGACAAGUAGAAAGGCAGUAUUUUCUCUCCUGGAUAAAAGUCUCAGAUUUGCAUCUAGGCCAAGGCUGCACCACUGUCAGUAUUCUCUAUGGAAUGAUAGGAGAGUUUACCGUGAGUAUAGAAUAAAAAUGAAGGAAAAUCUGUCGUUAGUAGAACAGGUAAUGUCCUUGUUUCCCGGGCCGUGAUCUUGGUUUGUUUAUGCAUUAGUAUGCAGUGUAUGCUUCACAAGUGUUUAAUCUAACACCUCAGCAAUCCUUUAUUAUUUUAUUCAGAAAAGAGACUGCGGGCAGAUAUUGCAAACAAGCUGCCCUUCACCUGCUGUUACUCUGCUGUUUUCCACUGCACAUGUGACUCUGGGACUUUGCAAGGCUGCAUUUUGCUUCCUUUUUGUUUCACCCAUUCCCCUCAAGGUCUCCUGUGUGUGCGGUAAACAUAUGCCCCUAAGCCCCCAACAGAUGUGAUGUUUAAGGGUUGAGUUUAGACUAUGGGCCCAUAUCCAAAUACAGUGCAAGUUUAGCCUUUCUGAACUUGUAACCAGGGAAUGUGAAUCUAAGGUGUUUAUGAGUGGUGUUACGGGAAGAUGUUGUGUUGGACCAAUCUGCUUCUGCCUAAUCUCCUCCUUACAGACUUACACAUAGUCCUUGCCAUAGCAACAACAUAACUAAAACCAUGGUUUCAUGGGGGAUAUUUUACAAACAGAUUAAUAAUGGAUAGUGUCUUGAACAACAUGGCUAUUAUAGAAAGAUAUGGACAUAUGUAACUCCAGAGCUACAGUGCAUUCGGAAUGUAUUCAGACCCCUUGACUUUUUCCACAUUUUGUUUUGUUACAGCCUUAUUCUAAAAUGGAUUAAAUAGUUUUCACCCCCCUCAUCAAUUUACAUACAAUACCCCAUAAUGUCAAAGCAAAAACAGGUUUUUAGAAAUUAUAGCAAAUUUAUUAAAAUAUUAAAACUGAAAUAUAACAUUUACGUAAUUAUUCAGACCCUUUACUCAGUACUUUGUUGAAGCACCUUUGGCAGCGAUUUCAGACUUGAGUCUUCUUGGGUAUGACGCUACAAGCUUGGCACACCUGUAUUUGGGGAGUUUCUCCCAUUCUUCUCUGCAGAUCCUCUCAAGCUCUAUCAGGUUGGAUGGGGAGCGUCGCUGCACAGCUAUUUUCAGGUGUCUCCAGAGAUGUUAAAUCGGGUUCAAGUCCGGUCUCUGGCUGGGCCACUCAAGGACAUUGAGACUUGUCCCGAAGCCACUCCUGUGUUGUCUUGGCUGUGUGCUUAGGGUCGUUGUCCUGUUGGAAGGUGAACCUUCGCCCCUGUCUGAGGUCCUGAGCGCUCUGGAGCAUGUUUUCAUCAAGGAUCUCUCUGUACUUUGCUCCGUUCAUCUUUCCCUCGAUCCUGACUAGUCUCCCAGUCCCUACCGCUGAAAAACAUCCCCACAGCAUGAUGCUGCCACCACCAUGCUUCACCGUAGGGAUGGUGCCAUGUUUCCUCCAGACGUGACACUUGGCAUUCAGGCCAAAGAGUUCAAUCUUGGUUUCAUCAGACCAGAUAAUCUUGUUUCUCAUGGUCUGCAAGUCUUUAGGUGCAUUUUGGCAAACUCCAAGCGGGCUGUCAUGUGCCUUUUACUGAGGAGUGGCUUCCGUCUGGCCACUCUACCAUAAAGGCCUGAUUGAUGGAGUGCUGCAGAGAUGGUUAUGGUUGUCCUUCUGGAAGGUUCUCCCAUCUCCACAGAGGAACUCUGGAGCUCUGUCAGAGUGACAAUUUUUGGUCACCUCCCUGAACAAGGCCCUUCUCCCCCGUUGCUCAGUUUGGCCGGGCGGCCAGCUCUAGGAAGAGUCUUGAUGGUUCCAAACUUCUUCCUUUUAAGAAUGAUGGAGACCACUGUGUUCUUGGAGACCUUCAAUGUUGCAGACAUUUUUUGGUGCCCUUCCCCAGAUCUGUCCCUCGACACAAUCCUGUCUCGGAGCUCUACGGACAAUUCCUUCGACCUCAUGGCUUGUUUUUUGCUCUGACAUGCACUGUCAACUGUGGGACCUUGUAUAGACAGGUGUGUGCCUUUCCAAAUCAUGUCCAAUCAAUUGAAUUUACCACAAGUGGACUCAAUCAAGAUGUAGAAACAUCUCAAGGAUGAUGAAUGGAAACAGGAUGCACCUGAGCUCAAUUUUGAGUCUCAUAGCAAAUAGUCUGAAUAUGUAUAUGUAAAUAAGGUAUUGAUGUUGUUGUUGUUGUUGUUGUUUUUUUGGGUGGGGGGGAUUGUUUAUUUAAUAUAUUUUAGAAUAAGGCUGUAAUGUAACAAAAUGUGGAAAAAGUCAAGGGGUCUGAAUACUUUCCGAAUGCACUGCAUGUGACCAUCUCUGUUCCACCCCCUACAGGUCCUGGGAUGAGUUUCAUGACUGUGCAAACGUGGCGAUGGCCUGGUGUCCAGAUGAGGCUUCUGCUGUCUGGGAGUCUCUGCGACAGGAGUCCAAGAAGAUGCAGUUUUCUGGAAACCUGUAUGACAUGUGCUCCAGUCGUAACCAACCAGCUGCCAACGCUGAUGCCCUGAGCCCGUCCAACCAGGAAGAGAUUAACCAGGAGUCUCUAAAAGCACACGCCCACCGUCCAGGUCCUGCCUCCUCCUUCUUGCUCCCCUCAUGUCUGUCUUUUCUGCUGCUUUCUCCAGCCUAU